UGGAACUAAAGGUCCUCUCCAUCUCUUUUAAAAGGCUGAAUACUUUUCUGUUAAAUUCUUUAUUUUUAUUUAGACAAUAGGAAGCUUGUUACUGUUUCCAAAACUGUUUCUAAGAACAGUCGUGUUUUAUUAAAUGUUUUUCCUAACAGUAUUCCUAAACUGCUGAAUGGUUUUGAUGCAGUGUUGGCACACACACAAAAAACACAUUUUAUAAAAUGUUUUUUAUUGUUGUUCAGGUACACCGAAAUAACAUUUCUAACCCGUACAUUUACGUUUUUGUGUUGUUUAAAUUGUUUAAAUAACUGAUAUUAAAUUGUUCUAUUUUAAAAAGACAGUUGUUUUUCUUUUUGUCAAUCUUACAUUCCAUCAUUCCUUUAUUUGAGUCAUUUUAAUAUUAAAAUUAAAACAUUAUUAUUAAUUAAGGUUUUGUUUUUUUAUUCUCAAUCUUAUUGAAUUAUUCAACAUUUCUUGGCUAUACAUAUAAAAAUGGUAAGGUUGGACAAGUUUGUUGGCCACUGGCGAUUGUCCAAGUUCUUUGUUGAUGGAUUUUUAUGUUUUUAUUAUGCAUAUGAAUAAGUCUCAUAAAUGGGACAAAGAAGCAUAUUUUGUGCAACAAUAUUAUACAUAAGUAGAUAACUAGUGUUUCUUUUAUAUAUAUGGCAAUCAAGGAUACAUCCAUGACUGGAAUGCUUUAUUCAGUUCCUCAAAAGUGCUAAAUAAUCUCUAACCUGCCAUUCAAAACCUUUUAUCAUUGACAGAACAGGGCAAUCUCAAACAAAAUAAUGUCUUCUUACACCCACAGGAGUCUAACCGAUUUGGUAAAACUAUUAGGUAUAACUUGCAAUACCAACAACGACAAUAUCAACAACAGUGAUAAAGUAUUAUUUGCCACCAUCCUGUGUCACCAUCGCCCAGUAUUUGUUGGCGAUGGUGGCACAGGAGUUAAGUGCUCGCCCCGUAAUCGGAAGGUUGCAGGUUCGAGCUCCGCUCAGUCUGUCGCUGUCUUUGUGUCCUUGGGCAAGACACUUAACCCCCCUUGCCUGCUGGUGAUGGUCGGAGGGACCGGUGGUGCCUGUGCUUGGCAGCAUCACCUCUGUCAGUGCGCCCCAGGGCAGCUGUGGCUACAUUGUAGCUCAUCCUCACCACCAGUGUGUGAAUGUGUGCGUGAAUGGGUGAAUGACUGUAUUAUAAAGCGCCAUGAGGGGUUCCAGGACUCUAGAAGGCGCUAUAUAAAAUACAGGCCAUUUACCAUUUAUUAAGUAAAUAAACAACAGUGAAGAAUGACCACAUCAGAAGUCCAUUAACAAACUACUGGUGUGCAUUUAGGACCCUUCCUCUAAAUAUUGUGACCUUAUGUUUAUAUAACUGCUUAAAUUAGUAAAUGUUUUGGCAUUGCUUGUGGUGUCUUUCCAGACUGUUUCAUAACUUCAUGCUGCAUACUGAAACACAAAAACUUUUAUCAGUAGUUCUGACUUUAGGGAUUAGAAAAAGUCCAUAUUCUCUGAAGUUACAGUAUGUGUGCUGCUAUGUUGCCAGAUUCUUGCUGAUACACACCCCUAUUCGAUACAAAAUCUUUAAUUUUACCUCUUAGAACUCUGCUCUAAGAGGUAUAAACAGACACUCGCAGGAAUCUUUAUUGUGUUGAUGUUUGUGUAUAAAAGUGUCUUUCAUGAGCAGAGGAGAGGGGUGGGAGCCAUGUUGAAUAAUGUAUAGAUGCUUGGGUAGUGUACUCACCACUGAGUGAAUAAUGGAUGAUCCCAUCACAGGUAACCUCGCUGGUACUCACUGAUCUUUCUCUCACCCACAUCUAUGUGUGUGUGUGUUUUAUAAAGCCAUGUGUGGAAGGACAAAUCUUUUUACCAACUUUUUUUUUGAUAAGCUGAUAGUCAUCUGUUUGGACUUUUAGAGUCCACUUAUGGAGCUAUUCACAAAAACAAGGACCGAUUGGUGUUUCUUGUACAAGCUGCCUGUCUUAAACGCUUUUUCUGUCACUGAUCAAAUCCACUAAAACCAUUUGGGCGCGGGUACCUGGGAAGAGGGAAACAGCAUUGAAACGUAGCGGUCGGAUUCUUCUUUUGGUGUCACAUUUCUGUGAGCAGGUGGCUGCAGGAAUUUGAGAUCACAGAGUUUCGUCUGCCGCGAGUCGAUAGGCCGUUCUAUGUGAAGGAGUGAUAAAAUGUCGUUACGUUUGGCACAGCGACAGCCUCUGGAAACCCCGCACUGAUCGCCCGUGUCAUCAUCUGAAGAUCCCUGCACGGACUUGUGCACAAAAGCUUGGUACAGUACAGGACACCCCCACCACCACCCCCCUCCUCCUCUCAGAGACAAAGUUGCAGUCACUGAUACACAAACCGUUUUAGGUCAGUUGUUGGGGUGGCGUAUCCAUUGACAGGCACGUUAUUACUCAUCAGCCGCGCUUCUGCAGAUUGUGUUCGGAAGCUCCCGAGUCAUCCUCCAGGCAUUUAUGUCACUUGUGCGUGUGGGUCAGUCCGUCUGCCAUCAGAGGAGAGGCGGCUUACCUGCUGAGACGGACCUGGACGUGGUCUUUGUUGCACAAGAGGGACGAGAGGUCGUGUAUACUGACUGCCAAAAGAUGUCACACCAAACUGGAAUUAACGCAACAUCCGAGCUGAAGGAGCUCCUGGCCCGUGCGAGAGGAGGCUUUUUCAGAGUGAUGAAGAUUAUCAUCAGAGAUGAAGAGUUGGUGUUAGAUUCAUCCAAAGAGCCAGUUCAGACCUGGGACAGGGAUUACGAUCAUUUCCUGCUUCCGCUUCUCACACCUGAGGAGCCCUGCUACAUCCUCUAUCGCCUGGAUUCCCAGAAUGCACAGGGAUAUGAGUGGAUAUUCAUUUCCUGGUCACCUGACCAAUCACCAGUGAGGCAGAAGAUGAUGUACGCUGCCACCCGUGCCACGCUGAAGAAAGAGUUCGGAGGAGGUCACAUCAAAGAUGAAAUGUUUGGCACGCUUGAGGAUGACCUGUGCCUUCAGGGAUACCUGCGGCACAAAUCCUCCUGCUCGUCUCCAGCUCCUCUCACAACAGCCGAGCAGGAGCUACACCGUAUUAAAGUCACAGAGGAAAAAGUUGUCUGGGAUGAGCGGAGACGACUCAGUACUCCUACAGCACGAGCAAGGGUCACAAUGGAGUUUGGCUUAGACAAGCGAGCACAAACUCGUCAGGGUCUUGCAUUUCCUUUACAAGAAGAUGCCAAACGAGCUCUUCAACAGCUCAAGCAGAAACGCAUCAACUACAUCCAGCUGAAGUUGGAUGUAGAUAAGGAAACAAUCGAACUGGUUCACACCAAACCAACAGAAACCCACGAGCUUCCCUUCAGGAUUCCUACGGAUUCCCCCAGAUAUCACUUCUUUGUCUUCAAACAUUCCCACCAGGGCCAGCUGGAUGAGGCGUUAGUGUUCAUAUAUUCGAUGCCCGGAUACACCUGCAGUAUCAAAGAGCGCAUGUUGUACUCCAGCUGUAAGAACAGGUUACUGGAUGAGGUGGAGAGAGACUACCAACUGGAAGUCACCAAGAAGAUGGAGAUUGACAGUGGCGAUGGUCUGACUGAAGACUUCCUGUAUGAGGAGGUACACCCGAUGGAGCACACUUUAAAGCAGGCUUUCGCUAAGCCUCGUGGACCAGGAGGGAAGAGGGGAAACAAGCGCCUCAUCAAGGGUCCUGGAGAGAAUGGGGAAGAAAAUUAGACAACACACAGAUAUUACAUAGACAAAUGUUUAAGAUGUUCAAGAAUUGAUCUGUUUUUGACUGUUUAGCCUCUAGCCAUUGUUGUUUAUUUGGGAAAGUACGAUUCAUGUUGGAAGAAUAGCAAAAGGAGCAAAUCUAUUCAUUAUUUCCUGUCUGUCUGCUGUUUUCUUAAAGUCUACUGAUCUAAGCGAUUCAGUCAAUGCAUAACGAUGCUGUGCAGCCAAAGUUUUUACAAAUCCACACUUAGACCCACGUGUGUGAGGAUGUGUGUGUGUGUAAAGAUACCAAAUAAGGACUAACAUAUGACCACUGAGUUUAUGCUUAACAGCCAUGAAGCCGGAUCUUAAAGCUAUCCUGUAUCUCA